CCUCCUGCUUCUCCUCCGUCGGGUGCGGGGGAGGGGGUGGACCCCGCCUGCAAAGAACCUGUGGGACGGUUCGAACUGCGCUUCGGUUUGGGCCGCGGCUCGGAGGGGAAAGCGAGGGUCGGGAAGCGCGGCCAUGCGGGCUCCUGCGGGUCUCCGUCGCCCCCUGCCCGGUUCGGUUGUUGGGGUCCGGGAGGGCAGCCCGACUGCUCCCCGCCGCCACGGUGGAACCAGCCCGCGGGAGUCGCUCCGGCCGGCCGCGCGCAGUCAUAGGGGUUUCAGGGGCCGCUGUCGGAAUUCUAGACCCUGCCGGUUAAGAAUGUCUGUAUUUCUUCUGACCUGAGAGUUGAACUUACACUCCUUUUAGAAGAAUGGAUUUGUUAGAUUUCAAAAAGCUUAUGAUUCUUCUCUGGAAGAAUUUUACUUUAAAGAGGCGGAAAUGUAUGGCUUUAGUUGUGGAGAUACUCAUAGCAGUUAUGUUUGGUAUUUCACUUUUGGGACUACGCAAUAUUAUUAUUUUAAAAAAGACUGGACCUUUCAAUUAUACUGCUUUUCCUGUCAAUCAUAAACCUUCAUUCAUUGAAGCACCUGUCACUUUUCCUUAUCCUUGGGAAUUGGCUUACAUACCUUCCAAAAGUGCUGUGGUACAGAAUAUUGUUGAAAACGUGAAAAAGGAUUUAAACACCAACAUGAAAGUUGUAGGCUUUUCUUCAGAAAGAGAUUUUGAAAAUUACCUUAAGCAAAGUAAGAACUCUGAAAAGGUUCUGGCUGCUAUUGUUUUUGAUCAUGACUUCCAAAAUAGCAAUGAUGCUGUGCCACUUAAGGUAAAAUAUUAUUUGCGUUUUAGUUAUUUCAAGAAGAACAAAAGUGUUUCUCAGUUGGCUGGCUGGUUCACAAAUUCUCUCUUUCCUUUAUUGCCUUUGGAACCCAGAGACGUUCAGGCUGCAGAUGGAGGCAGGCCUGGGUACAUCAGUGAAGGGUUCCUGCUUGUGCAACAUGCCUUGGAUAAGGCCAUCAUGCUGUACCAUAGUGGCACUGCUGCAGAAACACUGUUCAAUAGUGUCAACAUUUUUGUUCAGAGAUUUCCAUACCCACUACAAAACACUGAUCUAUUCUUUGUAAUUGCUGCUAUUAUCAUCCCUGUAAUAGUUGCGUUUGUCUUUUCUAUGAAUCAUCUUACCUUAGUUCAAUCCAUUGUAUGGGAAAAGGAAAACCAGUUAAAGGAGUUCCAGCUCAUGUCAGGACUCAGUAAUUGGAUGCUCUGGACUGCCUAUUUCAUCACAUUCCUUUUUUUCUAUCUUUUUGACAUCAUUUUUAUGUGCUUUAUCUUUUUUGUCAAGAUUGAACCUGCACCAGUCUUCCAGUACAGUGACCCAAGUCUCAUCUUCGUCUUUUUGCUGUUCUAUGCCAUCGCCAUAAUAUUCUUCAGCUUUAUGGUUAGCACGUUCUUUGAUAAAACCACUGUUGCUGUUAUUUUUGGAGGUUUCAUUUUUUUAAUCAUUUAUAUUCCAUCUACUUUAUUAGUAAGUGACUAUAAUAAGAUGAUAUUCCACCAGAAGCUGAUUUCCUGCCUCAGCUUUAAUGUUGCCAUGGCAUUGGGAUUUAAGUUUAUAGCUGAGGCAGAAGCAAUGAAAACGGGAGUUAAAUGGAGUAACAUCUUCUCAUCAACACAUUUGGACGAUUUUUUAUUUGUUUAUGUGAUGGGAAUGUUUUUACUUGACUCUUUCUUAUAUGGUCUCGUGGCCUGGUAUGUAGGAGCUGUCUUUCCGGGGAAAUAUGGUAUGCCCAAACCAUGGAACUUUUUCUUGAUGCGCUCUUACUGGGCUAGGAAACAACAUGCAACAAAGGGUGAAACAAUCCAAUAUGAGAAGACAGUGCAAAGCAAGUAUUUUGAAGAUGAACCCACCGACUUGGUGGCCGGCAUCCAGAUCAAACAUGUGCACAAGGUAUUCCAAGAGAAUAACACUAUCAAAGUAGCUGUAAAGGACUUGUCUUUGAAUUUAUAUGAGGGGCAGAUCACUGUUCUUCUAGGACCUAAUGGGGCAGGAAAAUCCACUACUCUAUCCAUUCUUUCAGGUCUCUAUCCUGCUACCUCUGGGAAGGCCUAUAUCAAUGGAUAUGACAUCUCACACGAUAUGAACCAAAUCAGGAAAUCCUUUGGCGUGUGUCCCCAGAAGAACCUGUUGUUUGAUUACUUGACAGUGUCAGAACACCUUUAUUUUUAUUGUAUGAUCAAAGGAGUGCCUCACAAAAUGUGUCUCAAGGAAAUCGGCCACAUGCUGUCAGUUUUUAAACUGCUAGAAAAACAGUCUGCAUUUUCAAAGUCACUGAGUGGGGGAAUGAAGCGCAAACUCUCCAUCAUCAUAGCACUGAUAGGGGGCUCCAAGGUGGUGAUAGUUGAUGAGCCAACAUCUGGCAUGGACACAGCCUCCAGGAGGGCCACCUGGGAUCUCCUCCAGAACUAUAAACAGGGUCGCACUAUCCUGCUGACCACCCACUACAUGGAUGAGGCUGAUGUGCUGGGUGACCGCAUAGCCAUCAUGGUCAACGGGUCCCUGAAGUGCUGUGGUUCUUCAAUGUUCCUGAAACACUUAUAUGGUGUGGGAUACCACAUAGUCAUGGUGAAGGCACCUCACUGUGAUGUUGAAGAAAUCUCAAAGCUGAUUCAUCAUUAUGCACCAAAUGCCACUUUGGAGAGCAAUGUUGGAACUGAGUUAUCAUUUAUUCUACCCAAAGAGUACACAGACAGGUUUGAAGAUCUGUUUACUACUCUGGAAAGGAGACAGGACGAGCUGGGCAUUAAUGAUUUUGGUGCCUCUGUCACAACCAUGGAGGAAGUCUUCCUUAAGGUCAGUCACAUGGAGUCACAAACAGAUAUCCAAGCUACCCAGUCUCUGUCACAAAGAAGCAAAGUCCUCACUAUGAGGCAGAAUAGCAAUAUGUCAAAUAAUGUUAAAAGAACACAUUCUCUGAAUGAAAAUACUACUGUGUUUAAUACUGGGAGUUCCCGCUACUGCCAACAGUUCCACGCAAUGCUCCUAAAGAAGCUAUUGUUCAGCUGGCGCAACUGGAAGCUGAUUUUCUUACAGAUCUUCGGACUUUUAAUUCCCACUAUCCUUCUCUUCCAAGAUAGUGACUUUAAAAUAGCUGAUGAAGAGACAUCCAGGCAAAUGAAUCUGGAUGAAUAUGGCCAAACUAUUGUGCCCUAUUCUAUUUCUGGGAAUUCUACUUUAACUAUAAGUCUCUUAAAACACCUUGAGAGUAUGCUAGCACCUAAAAACCACAUACUUAGGGAAGUGCAAGGUGACGUAGUGAAUUACUUGAGGGAAAAUAAAGAGUGUAUUACUAUGUGUAUUGUUGCACUUUCCAUUGAGGUGCGGACAAAUGAAACAAUCUUCACUGCUCUGUUCAACAAUCAAGCAUACCAUUCACCAUCUCUGUCCCUAUCUGUGUUAGACAACAUCAUUUUCAUGUCACUUUCUGGUGCUGAUGCUUCUAUAACAGUCUACAACAAACCUCAGCCACCCCCUAAGAAAACAAAAAUUAAACAGGUUGAAAGGACUAUGAAUGGACAGGAGGUAGCCAUAAAAUUACAGUUAGGCAUAGCUCUUUUAAUCAGUGGCUUUUGCUUCCUGACAGUGACUGAGAGGAUCACUAAGUCAAAGCACAUCCAGUAUUUGUGUGGGGUCUCUACCCUUGUGUACUGGCUUUCUGCUCUACUGUAUGAUUUCAUCAUUUUCUUCAUUUCCUGCUGCUUACUACUGGGAAUUUUCAAAUAUCAUAAAAUUGAUAUUUACGUCAUGGAUUACCACUUUCUGGAAACAAUGUUGAUCCUUACAUUGUAUGGCUGGUCUUCCAUUCCCCUCAUCUACCUGAUGAGCUUCCUAUUUUCUAAAAGUACUUCUGCAUACAUCAAACUUGUCCUCUUCAACUACAUCUCAGGCACUUAUAGUAUCCUCAUAGAGCAAUUAUUAAAAACCAAAAUGGAAAGUGGCAUGUCGAAUACCACUCAAGCCUUGAUACGCAACAUGCUGCUGCUGCUUCCCAAUUACAACCUUGUGAAGUGCGUCAGCGACUACACUGAGGUCUACAGAGUGAAGAUAUUGUGCACCCAGAAAACUGUUAAUUACCUACUAAAUUGUAGUAAAGAAAAUACUGAGAAGAGUAUUUAUUCUUUGGAAAAUCACAUGAUUGGAAAGUGUUUGAUUGCUAUGAGUAUCCUGGGCUUUGUGUUCCUUAUCUUCAUUUUUCUUUGGGAGAAUGCUUUGUGGAGAUUGAGAGCAUUUAUCCACCAGUAUAUUUACUUUGGUAUUUAUAAAAAGUUCAAGAAGGAUUUAAUGUCCCAGGAAUUAUCUGGGAAGUCUGAAGAUAAAGAUGUUCAAGAUGAGAGAACAAGGAUUCUGGAGCAGCCUGAAGAGUUGCUGAAAUCCCCGUUGCUUAUUAAAGAACUCGUGAAGAUAUACUUUAAAUAUCCAGUAAUUCUGGCUGUGAAAAAUAUCUCCCUUGCAGUCCAAAAGAGGGAGUGCUUUGGAUUACUUGGAUUUAAUGGGGCAGGAAAAACAACUACAUUUGAAAUUUUGACUGGUGAGCUUAGUCCUACCUCUGGGGAUGUGUUCAUUGAUGGCUUUAACAUCACCAAAAAUAACCUAAAGGUGAGGUCAAGAAUUGGCUAUUGUCCUCAGUUCGAUGCUUUGCUGGACUAUAUGACUGGGAAGGAAAUAAUAACCAUGUAUGCCAGAGUAUGGGGAGUAUCUGAGCACCAGAUUCCGCUGUAUGUGGACAAACAUUUGAAGUCACUGGAACUGGAGCCUCAUGCCAACAAUCUUAUCAACACCUACAGUGGAGGAAACAAACGUAGGCUGAAUACUGCUAUUGCGGUAAUGGGAAAGCCCUCGGUCAUCUUCCUGGAUGAGCCAUCCACUGGCAUGGACCCAGUGGCCCGACGCCUGCUCUGGGACACAGUGACAAAGACCCGUGAAAGAGGACACGCUGUCGUCAUAACGUCCCAUAGCAUGGAGGAAUGUGAGGCUCUCUGUACCAAGCUAGCCAUCAUGGUGAAGGGGAGUAUCAUGUGUCUGGGCAGCCCUCAGCAUCUCAAGAACAAAUUUGGUGAUAUUUAUAUCCUGAAGGCCAAGUUCAAGACUCCAGAUAAAGUACCGAAUUUUAAAAAUUUCAUCACAAUGACAUUUCCAGGUAGUAUCUUAAAGGAGGAGAAUCAAGGGAUCCUUACCUACUCCAUCCCAAGGAAGGACAAUAGCUGGGGAAAGGUGUUUGGCAUUUUGGAGAAAGCCAAAGUGGAAUUCAGUUUAGAAGACUAUUCCAUCGGUCAGAUCACCCUGGAACAGGUCUUCCUGACCUUUGCUAACCCUGAUAACGCAGAAGAUGAUUUUGAAGAAAAGGUGCCAUGAGAUCCAGUUGCAGCCCAGUGACUCUUAUGUCUUUCUUCAGUGAUACCUGGACCUCCCUGUGAUUGUAUAUUUUCAUGUCAAUAUUUUAUGUAAUAAAGAUU